CCGAAAACACCAAACUUGACCCCAACACCGCAAACAUGUCGACACCGAGUGCACAGGAGCAGAUGAAGCGCAAGACGCUUGGAGUUGGUCCAGAGACAGUCACCAACCAGCAGUCUACCGACUUUCCAGGACACUGGCCGGGCGAGAACCACGAAUGGGACUUGGAAUACUUCAAGGAGAACUUCAACGUCACCUUCCACAAAUUUGUCCCCAACAACGCCGAGUUCUCUCUGACUGGUAUCGACACCUCGGUCGCAAACGCCUUCCGCCGCAUUCUCCUCUCCGAAAUCCCUACGCUCGCAAUAGAAGAUGUCUUCAUCUACCAAAACACAUCCAUCAUCCAAGACGAAGUGCUCGCCCACCGCCUCGGCCUAAUCCCCCUCUGCGGCGACCGCGAGGGUCUCCGCUGGCUGAAAUGGUACAAGAAGCCCACAGACGACAACGAGGGCUCCGGAACACCCUCAGACUACAACACCAUCGCGCUACGAUUAGACGUGGAAUGCACAUGGCAAGAUGGCGGUUUGCAACGAGCAGUAGCUGGAGAGACCGAUCCCGAUAGACUCUACGUCGGCCACAACGUCUACGCUAAAGAUAUCGUCUUCCACCCCCACGGCCGUCAAGAGGAGAAGUUUGCGCAUAGCGAAGGGAAAGAGAUUCGGUCUACAAACCCGGAUAUACUGAUCGCAAAGAUGAGGCCAGGGCAGAGCAUUUCUCUCAGUAUGCACGCUAUCAAGGGUAUCGGACAAGACCAUGCCAAGUUUUCGCCCGUCGCGACGGCUUCGUACCGCCUCAUGCCCACCAUUGACAUCACGAAACCCAUCAUCGGCGCCGACGCAAAGAAAUUCGCGCGCUGCUUCCCUCGUGGCGUCAUCAAGCUCGACAAGGUCACUUCCGAGGACGCCCAGAAACACGCUGAGUUGGAAGGCAAGGAAGGCGAGCCCAAGGCUGUAGUCGAGAACGCUAUGAACGAUACUGUUAGCAGAGAAUGCUUAAGACAUCCCGAAUUCAAAGAUAAAGUAAAGUUAGGUCGGAUACGAGACCACUUUAUCUUCAAAGUGGAAAGCACAGGACAGUGGGAGAGCGAUGAACUAUUUUUGGAGAGUGUUAAGCUACUCAAGAUCAAAUGCCAGAGGAUUAAGAGGGGAUUGGAUGAGAUGCAAAAGUAGGGAGGUUUUUGGAAUGAGAGAAUGGAGGAGUUUGCAUUGCAAUGGCGUUCUAGGGCAUUACGGUGGCGGGUUUCGAAAAGUCUGCGAUAUCACGGAGCGACUUCUUUUGCAUGGGUUCGUUCAUUUGGCAUUUAGCCUUGGAGCGAUUGUCCAGAGGCAUAACAAAUGAUUAUACCAUACGUUCAAUUCGCAUGCCGCAUUGAAGAGAGCAAGUUUCGUAUGCAUGCCUUGGUACCUUGAACCGGAAGCAAGUGCACUGAGUUGGAGAAACAU